AACAUUUUUAAUUUACGUAUGAAAUUAGUUGAACCUACACUUUGUUGGGCCGACCCGUCUAAAGUAUGCGGGUGUCCACCGCUCAACCGUGAUCGCCUUCCGCCGGCCGAAUCGCCAUUUCCGACUCCUUGUGCAACACAGAACCACCAAAUGUUGAGAGUGGUUUCCCAGUUACGAUCCCAUCCUUGGAGCCCCAAAACCCUACCGCACCUUUCCCCGCCGCACCCAAUUCCCAGCUUCCGGUCGCUCUCGGGUUCGCCGCCGCGGCUGCAGAGGCGGCAGGACGAUGAUGGACGCGACGAGCCCAUAAAAUCAUCAAAUAUUCUUGUAGUGCAGCCCCGGUUAAAACCCAAAUCCGCUUUGAAGCCUAAGCUCGCAGAGGCUCUCAAUCUUGCCAAUUCCCUCGAAGAACCGCGAGAUGGGUUCUACGAAACUGAGUUCUCCGAGAAAGAGGCUCCUCCUCAUAUAGUUGUUCAGAACCCAGCCGGCAGAGGCUGCCGUGCCGAUACUUACUUUGGGCUAGGGACAGUAAACACAGUAAAAUGCCAUAUAAAUGCAUUGGACUCUAAGGGGGGAGUGGAUGCAGUAUUUGUAAAUGCAAUGCUCUCUGGAGUCCAGCAGCGAAAUUUGGGUCGCGAAUGGGGUAAGCCUGUUAUUGAUCGUGUCGGUCUUAUCAUAGAAAUAUUCAAUGCACAUGCACAGACGAAGGAAGCAAAGUUACAGGCUGAGCUGGCAGCUCUUAUGCACAAGAAGAGCCUGCUUGUACGUUCACGUGGUCCGGGUGGGCGCUCUACGUUUGGUGUGAUGGGAGAAGCUGAGGUUGUUAGUGCUAGAGGGAAAGGAAGCGGAGGGCGUGGGUUUAUUAGUGGUUCUGGAGAGUCAGAAUUGCAACUCCAACGGCGAAGAAUUUUAGAGCGUCGGAUGCAAUUAUUAUCUGAAAUCAAAGAGGUGCGCCGUACCCGAGCCUUGCAACGUGCUUCUCGCAAGAGGCAUGGUGGGUCCGAUGGCCACAGCAUUGCCACCGUUGCUGUUGUGGGUUAUACAAAUGCUGGAAAGUCUACACUAGUAAGUGCCCUUACAGACAACUAUCUCUACAGUGAUGACCGGUUGUUUGCAACUGUUGACCCAAAACUGAGCAGUGUUGUUCUGCCAUCAGGGAGGAAGGUCCUUUUAAGUGAUACGGUCGGAUUCAUAUCAGACUUGCCUGUCAAGCUAGUGGAAGCAUUUCAUGCAACAUUGGAAGAGGUCGUUGAAGCGGAUAUUCUUUUGCACGUGCUAGAUUCAAGUGCGCCGAAUCUUGAUGAACAGCGGAGGACUGUGUUGCAAGUUCUGGAGCAGAUAGGUGUGUCCGAGGAGAAGCUUGAGAACAUGAUUGAAGUGUGGAACAAGAUUGAUCUUGACGAGGAGGAGUUCCACUUUGAUGAAGAAAUGGAAGAAAAGGAGGAAGAAAAUGAUGAAGUCGACAAUGGAGAGAUGAAUGAUGAAAAUGGUGACCAGGCUGACGCCUGCUGGUUAGCCUCAGAGGGGGAGGAAGAAGAAGACUCGUGGGUUGACUAUGACGGGUCAUCCGUUGGGUGCGGGGAUUCGGACGCCUCUUGGGUGGCCCCCACCAAGGGGUGGUGGGCUAGGAAGAAGAGCAGAGAUUUAGAGGCCAAAUCUGGUCUUGUUCCACAUGUCAAAACAUCGGCGGUGACUGGUGUCGGGUUGCAGGAGUUGCUGGAGUUGAUCGACGAGAGGGUGAAUCAGGUGCCCCAGGCUGCACCGGAAGCCACCAUCUUUGGUCGGAAGUGGAGGCCGCCGCCGCCGCCGCCGCCGACUGAAGAUGCUACCGGGACCGUGACACAUGUGAAUCACGUCUAGUAGUAUUUUUUUACCAUCACUAACCAAAAUACUCCGUGUGUGAUAUAAUACUCCAUUUACCCCAAUGAAGUUCUCUCUUUUUCUCUCCUUUUUUAAAGACAAUAUCUGAGAGUCCAACAUACAACACCAAGUCACUAAAUGUAAGCAUAAAACACUUCAAAUUGUCACUACCCAGGUAAUCUUCUGGAAAGUCAACAAUGUGUGAACUUUAUUUGGGGAUAAAUACUAAAGAGGAUAUACUCUUUUUGUAUUUAGGUAGUGUGUGCCAUUGGGU